UUUAUUUUAUAAAAUAAUUAAUGUAUUUUGUAUUUUAUUAGUUUGGUCUGGAAAAUAUUUGACUGCUUAACAAUAUGUGGAAAGAGAAUUACAUUGUAGUCAAUCUUAGCAAAAGAAAACUUAUUUGAAGGUAAUAAGCCAGUUUUUUUAUUGAGUUUGUUAAUUUAUUCCUUUACUUAUAUUUACUUAGAUAUGGAAACAUACACAAUUUAACUUAUUUUUUUUAAGACACCCAAGAAUCUAAGGGCACAUUUUAAAACUCAUAGUUUGUUAAAAGUGAAGAGUAUGAAAAUGUUGAAUGAUAUCAUUGUUACCAUAACUAUCUAUGCUGCAAGUUAGUAGUUUAGAGUGCUCUUUAUGUGAACAUUUCCUUAUGUGGCAAUGCUGUAAAUUGGGCCAAAUGAGGUAGUGAAGUGCCAUUGUUGUUUACUAACAUAGAAUUACAAUAGGUUCGACGAUAUCUGGGACAUACAGCAGUGCCACGACACCAACGGAGCCCCAAAUGAACUCUCCUAUCAUACAGACUGCCCCUCACAGUCCACGGAGGCAGAAGUUGAAUCUCCGCAUGAAAAGUCUGUCUCUUGACUCCCCCGAGAGUAGUGAGGUGGUACAGAGGCGCCGCGGGGGCCCCCCACCAUCAGCAUCGGCCAAUGGGGGCCCGACCUCCAGCCACUCGUCAUCAUCUCGCUUACAAUCUCCGUCCAGUCCAGUCCACAAUCGGAGACUGCUGUCAGCUCGUAAUAUGAGGAUGAGCAGUGUAGAGCUACCAGACGACAAUGAGAAAUCAUUAUCAUCAGCAAGUACAUCGCCUUGCCCGUCACCGAAGCCACAUCGUCUGUUGCCGACCAACUUGUACGUCGUGUUAUACAACUUCAAGUCUCGGCAUGCAGAUGAACUUGAUCUCAAGUAA